CGGAUUCUGAUCCCCGAGAGUCGAGUAUUAUCCAUACAUACCAGGCGUAAAAAGCGUUCAUCCAGUUACUCAACAGGUGCCAGGCCAACAAGAAUCCGGUUAGUGCAGAAACUUUCGAGACGGUAACUGCGUUCGACACGACCGUGCGGAAACGCUGACAAUGCCUGGAGAGGCGAAAACACGAAGCGACUCGGAAAGCCGAAAAACUUGUGCAGUCCAAUUUUGCAAUGACCUGUCGCCCAGCUCACCGAGCUGCUCAUUGUCCGGCGAUUGUUGACCAAUUCUCGCGGCGUUCGAUGGUACUGCCCGUGCCUGCAUGCGCCUGCAAGUGCGAAGGAAAAGGGAAGAGUCCGCAACUUUCAGCGAGUGAUUUUGCUUCGUGUAUAGCUCCAGAACCAAUUCGGGCAGCGCUCUCGAAAACCUGCCUUCUCUUUGAGGUUCAGGAGGAUUCCCUCACAGUUGCAUACGAGGUCGUCCUGAGUUGUGGCUAGCCUUUCCGCGGAGCCCCCUCAGACAAUAGUGUGCUGCUAAGCCGCCAACAAGAGUGAGGCCCAAAACUUGCCGCGUACAAGACAUCCAAUUGCUAUCGAGACGGAGCAGCCUUGUUCCUCUGCACAAAGUGGAGACAAAACUUUGGAAAGGGACAUGAUCUUGACGGCAGGCGCUAAAGGGGCACCGAUACGGCUGCCACCCACAGCUGCCGAUUGUUGUGGUGCCCUCAGUUUCACUUUCAUAUGUUCUUUCGAAGUUGCUGUGGUCCACGAGAUCCGAACUGUAGUUGUUUCAGAGAUUAUGAGACAGACUCCGCGUGCUCGGCCUCUCUUUUCCCCGGACGUCUGCUGGAACCAACACUACGCCUGUGGAGCUCUUCCUGCAGAGCUCUUGACGCGAAAAGCACUCUCCAAGGAUCUCAAGAGACUAGCGUGCUUAAAAGCAGUACGGAAUGCAGAGGACUGAGGACGGAAAAUAAAUCAGUGCCACACUGCAGGAUGCUGCAGGUAGGGCAGAUCCGACAUUCUCCUAUCAAACGCCAUCUUCGGUAACUGUUCCCGAAAAAACGUGGUCCAAAGUUGUUAGCUUUCUUGGAAGGCCGGAUGUUAGUAAGGACACAGCGCCUGCCGACGGUCUGGCUGGCGUUCCAUCCACACACUUGCCGAAGCGCCGACGGACUGGGCAGCAGGCUGACACGAUGCCAGUGAAGUUUCUUUCAGAAGGCACACAUCCUGCAGCCAGCAGAGCAGCCCCCAUUCGCUCUUUUCGUCGAUACAUAGCAAAAGUGAAGGGGCGUUUCUUGAUCUCCGGUGGCUUGCGGAUCAAGUGUGAAAAUGAUGACAACGCACAAGCCAACGAGGCAGACGGGUGCGGAAGGCAUCUCUCCUUUGCCUCGGUAAUUAUUGCCUUCGGCGUCGUGUGAUCACUAUGAAUUACUGAGUGCCAAAUCAUCUUCGUGAGCUUCUAGUUGACUCUUCACUGCAGAGGUCAAAGGGCUCCGCUUUCUUUCGCUCAAUAGUGGUAUCCCAUCGUUUCAAUCCCGUUCCACCAAUGAAAGUUUACUUGAUGGGUUUCUCGUGAAGUACCAAACACUGUGUCCCAUUGCCGAAAUCGUUACAGGCUUGAGACUCUGUCACAAGAUGCGUGUGUCUCACAUUCAGAUGAACACAACUAUUUGGUCGAGAAUCCGCCGUGAUCUGGGAGGUUCUAACAGUUCACCAUCCCAUGGACUCCUUAACGUUCCUUGCCUCG